AUGCCACAAUAUAUGCUAGAAAGAUUACGACCAUCUGACAACGAUUCAGAACUGCCUCAUCUAUGCUACAACCCAAAAGAUCAUAAGAUCGGCGAACCAUUAAGGCCUAUAGUGAGCGGAAUGAAAUCCCCACUAGUAAAAAUAUCGACGUUUUUAGAUCAAAAUAUACGUCCGAUAUUCGAUCAGCACACUCCCUAUUCACUUCCAAACUCAAUGAUUUUUCUAAAACAUCUAAAAGAUUACAUAACAACAUCAGAAACGGCUAUGUAUACAUUUGACAUCACAGAUCUGUAUACAAUGAUUCCACAAAAAGAAUCAGUACUAGCAGUUUGUGAAUUUCUAGGUAGACAUGGAUAUAAAAAAAUCCGAGGUCUUUCCAUAAACACAAUUAAAGCACUAUUUUUACAUGUAUUCGAUAAUUCUUAUUUUGUCUUACAACUACCAGGAAUAGGACUAAAAUAUUAUAGGCAAAUAAAGGGAGGAGCCAUGGGUUCCGUAUUUACCCAAGUAUUAGCCGAUAUAUAUGUAAGAAAAUGGGAGAAUGACUUUCUACAAGAACAAAAACAGCAAAAGGAAUUAUAUUUUCGAUUUAGAGACGACGUAUUCAUAAUCACUAAACUAACAUCAGAACAGAUCGAACGUAGACUAACAGAACUAAACGAAAAAGAUCCUAACAUAAAAAUUACUUGGGAAGGAGGAAAAGCAGUAGACUAUCUAGAUGUGACAACUACAAUAGAGAUACCAAAUUUUAAAACAACAGUCUUCCGUAAACUAGCGGCACAACCAUAUGUGCUACCAUUUCACUCAUCACAUCCAAAACAUAUUACACAAAACAUACCAUAUGUCGCUGCUCUACGAGCAACCCGCAUAUGUUCGCAUCGAGAAGAUCUAAGAGUUGAGCUCGAUAAAAUUAGAAUCAUGCUACUGUUAAAUAAAUAUCCACCAGGAUUCAUAGAUAAACAAAUGGACGUUUCUAUCAAUACGUAA